AUGGAUCAAUUGACACCGGAACAGGAAAACAAGCUGCAAAGCUUCAAAGAGUUUACGUCUUACAAUGAGAGCGAUGAGCAGGAGAAAGUUCUGAGGCUCCUAACGGUCUGCAAUUGGGAUCUCGAGAUUGCAGUCGCUCGUUAUUUCGAUAAUGACUUCCCGACUCUGACAGAUGAAAGACCGCCAUUCCCAAUUCCAAACGAUAUAGAUACUCCAUUUGUCAGAUCUUUCGCUAACAUGGAGGCUGGUUCCUCUUCAAUAAAUAUAUCUUCACGAGACUCAACUGCUCCUCGAGCUCUUGCUUUUGAUGAUCCAUUUCUUGACCUCAUUCCCAAAUUACCGAAAGCGAUCCCAAUUAACAAUCGCUGGAAGUUGCAAUUAGGAAUCAAUACAAAUUACCAAGAACGAAAAAGACCCACAUACGCAUUACUACCACCUGUGAUCUUCAUUCUCAUGUUGUUCCCAAAACUAAUCUGGCUUGUGGGAUAUGGAUUGAACAAAUUGUUAGGUCCUGUCUUUCCUAAUUUAUUCAGGAUUCUUGGACUAAGAGAAAGUCCCACAGAUUUUCCUUCGAAACCUGCCCAUACAUCAAAGGAAGCUGUCUCGAGUUAUAACAUCAAGGCUUAUGUCAACGAUACAUUGGGUGAAACCAGUGACCUUCCAAUAUUCGAUGGAAGCUUUAACGAAGCAUUUGAAAAGUCUAAAUCUGAACUCAGGUGGUUGAUGUGUAUCCUGCUCAAUUCAGAAAAGGAAAUCAGCACUAAAUUUGUGAAAACGUAUCUCAAUCACGAGAGUUUCAUCAAAUUUGUCACAGAAAAUGAUAUAAUCCUGUAUGUCGGAGAUGUGAAUUUUCCUGAGCCUUUCGAAGUGGGCAAGACAUAUCAAGUUCAUUCUGUCCCAUAUAUUAAUUUAAUUGCCAACGUGUCUGCAACUGGUACAACUUUCCCAUUGAUGUCCAUUGUUACUAGAUACCAUAAUUUUGAAACCUGUACCAAAGAUUAUGCGAAGAAGCUCGUCAAACGUCUGCAAAAAAUAAUUGAUAAGUAUGAGCCGCAACUAAUUACACAGAGAUACGACAGACAGGAAGCAGAACUUGCUCGGUUACUAAGAAAACAACAGGAUGAGGCAUAUGAGCAGUCCUUGUUGAACGAUAAGAUCAAGCAGGAGGAGAAGAAACAAAAAGAAGAGGAGCAACAGAGGAAGCUGGAAACAUUAAAACAGGAAGAAGAAGCAUUAAAAAUUAAACAAAAACAGGAACUGGCUUUCCUAAAAAUUCAUGUACAGUCAUUAUCUCAGACAGAUGAGAAGAGUUGGAAGAAAGGUGAUUAUACUACGAUACAAUUAAGAAAUCACGAGGGUCAGCGAACAGUGAAGAAAUUCUACAAAGAUCAAACUUUAUAUGAUAUCUUUGUGUUUGUUGAGUGCAAAAACUUCUUACGCGUCCAGUCCCAGGAACUUGAGGUUCCCGAAGAGAACGUCCUAGAUCAAUUGGAGGUGGAAGAUGUGACUUUAGAUGACUACCAACAUGAGUUCAAAUUCGAACUCAUAUCGCCAAUGCCUCGCAUCAAAUUCCAUGCCGACAAAAACAAACUCUUGAAAGAUGUUAGGGAGCUGUGGCCGAAUGGUUCAUUGUUAAUCGAGCGAAUUGAAGAUGAGGAUGGCUUCGACGAAGAAACUGACGAUUCUUGA